UUUUCUCGCCUUUUCUGACUUUCUCUACCUUUACUCCUGCUUGCCCUUUUCUCUCCACUUCUGCCUCUCUUGAUUCUCUUUAUCUGCCAAAUCUCCAUCUCCGCCUUUUACCUCUACAUCUCUAUUUCGUCCCUAUCUUGGUUUGUGUUUUAUGUUUCUGUAUCUCUUCGUGUCCCCCGCCCAACCUUUUGUAUUUCUCUCCCUCCCUCCCCCUUCUGUCUCUAUCUCUCUUGUUGCCCUCUUUCUCUCUCUGUGUCUCUCUGUCUCUCUGAACUUUCUGUCUCACCCUUUGCCCAGAGUCCGGCUGGAACAUGGCGUCGAAGCCCGGAGGCGCCGCACCGCGCUGGGCUGGCUCUGACAGGAAAGCGGCUCAACCUCACUCCAAGUCUUCCUUCUGCCCGCAGGAAUCGGAGAAGGCGGCGGCGGGGAUGGCGGGCGCGGGGGCCGGAGCUCCGCAGCAGCAGCAUGCGGCCGGAGGCGGCCCGGGAGCCACCGGGGACGAGUCCUCCGACAGCGAAGGGGAGCACGAAGGGCCACAAAAACUCAUCAGGAAAGUGUCGACCUCCGGGCAGAUCAGGAGCAAGACAAGUAUAAAAGAAGGAUUUUUACUGAAGCAAACCAGCUCAUUUCAACGUUGGAAAAGGAGAUACUUCAAGCUGCGGGGAAGGACGCUUUAUUAUGCCAAGGAUUCAAAGUCUCUCAUUUUCGAUGAAGUUGACCUGUCUGAUGCCAGCGUUGCCGAGUCCAGCACAAAAAACGUCAACAACAGCUUCACGAUAAUCACACCAUUCAGAAGACUAAUUCUUUGUGCUGAAAACAGAAAAGAAAUGGAAGACUGGAUCUCUUCAUUAAAAUCCGUGCAGAGUAGAGAACACUAUGAGACUGCACAGUUUAACGUGGAGCAUUUCUCAGGGAUGCAUAACUGGUACGCCUGCUCCCAUGCCCGACCUACAUUCUGCAAUGUCUGCCGAGAAAGUCUCUCUGGCGUCACCUCUCAUGGACUUUCCUGUGAAGUUUGUAAGUUCAAAGCCCAUAAGAGGUGUGCUGUGAGGGCAAUCAAUAACUGCAAAUGGACAACCCUGGCAUCAAUCGGUAAAGACAUCAUUGAGGAUGAGGAUGGGAUUGCCAUGCCUCAUCAGUGGCUGGAAGGUAACCUACCUGUUAGUGCCAAAUGUGCAGUGUGUGACAAGACAUGUGGGAGUGUUCUCCGACUACAAGACUGGAGAUGUCUCUGGUGCAAAGCCAUGGUUCACACAGCUUGCAAGGAACUGUAUCCCCGAAAAUGUCCUCUGGGCCAGUGCAAAGUGUCCAUCAUUCCUCCCACUGCACUGAACAGCAUUGACUCUGAUGGUUUCUGGAAAGCCAGUUGUCCACCAUCUUGCGCCAGCCCACUUUUAGUCUUUGUCAACUCUAAGAGCGGAGACAAUCAAGGAGUAAAGUUCCUCCGAAGGUUCAAACAGUUAUUAAACCCGGCUCAGGUCUUUGAUCUUAUGAAUGGAGGACCUCAUCUUGGUUUACGGUUGUUUCAAAAAUUUGACAAUUUCCGUAUUCUGGUUUGUGGAGGAGAUGGAAGUGUUGGAUGGGUUUUAUCUGAGAUUGAUAAAUUAAAUCUGCACAAGCAGUGCCAGCUUGGAGUUCUGCCACUCGGAACAGGAAAUGAUCUAGCACGGGUCCUUGGCUGGGGUGGUUCAUGUGAUGAUGACACACAGCUUCCACAGAUUUUGGAAAAAUUGGAACGAGCCAGCACCAAAAUGUUAGACAGAUGGAGCAUUAUGACGUAUGAGAUAAAAAUACCACCGAAACAUGCCCUGGCAGUGACCCCAGAGGAGGAUGCUGAGGAAUCCCAAUUGCAGAUAUCAGCCUAUGAAGAUUCAGUUGCUGCUCACCUCACCAAAAUCCUCAACUCCGACCAGCACUCGGUUGUCAUAUCAUCUGCCAAAAUCCUAUGCGAGACUGUGAAGGACUUCGUUGCCAAAGUUGGCAAAUCAUAUGAAAAGACCAACGAAAAUACAGAAGAGAGUGAAACACUGGCCAACAAAUGCUCAGUGCUAAAUGAGAAGCUGGACUCGCUGCUGCAGGCUCUGAGUGAUGAAUCGCAGACCGUGACCAGCCACCACUGCACGACACCGCCCAUUGCAGAGGAGGAAGGAGAAGAAGAGGAAUUUAGUGAGGAGUCCUCAUCUGAGAGCAAGGAGCAAGCACUGGAAAUGAUCUCAGCUAGGUCUUCCACGCAAACGUUCUACAAACCAAGGGAACAGCUUAUGCUUCGGGCAAAUAGUCUGAAGAAAGCAGUGAGGCAGAUCAUCGAACAAGCAGAGAAAGUUGUGGAUGAACAGAAUGCACACACUCAAGAGCAAGUUGAAGUGGAGCUGAAAAAGGAAAUUGUGGAACACUUGAAGGAAGAGGAGGAGGAGGAGGAGAAGGAGGAGGAUGAGACCAAAGAACCUGACGUGCAAGCAGCUCUGCAAUCUGCUCAAAGAUCCCCUCCAGAGAGACGAAUCCAUCGCACUACCACUUCAUUCACUGGUCCAUUCACAACCUCACAAUUGACUGCGAGCAAAGAAAAUCUUCCAGUUCUGAACACCAGAAUCAUCUGCCCAGGUUUGCGAGCUGGACUUGCUGCCUCCAUUGCUGGAAGCUCAAUCAUCAGCAAAAUGUUACUUGCAAACAUUGAUCCUUUUGGAGCAACGCCAUUCAUUGACCCUGACCCAGAUUCACUAGAAGGUUAUACUGAAAAGUGUGUUAUGAACAAUUAUUUUGGAAUUGGAUUAGAUGCAAAAAUCUCUUUGGAAUUUAACAACAAACGUGAGGAGCAUCCUGAGAAAUGCAGAAGCCGAACGAAGAAUAUGAUGUGGUAUGGUGUGCUUGGUACCAAAGAGUUACUGCAGCGAACCUAUAAGAACUUAGAACAAAAGGUGCAACUUGAGUGUGAUGGACAAUACAUUCCCCUACCUAGUCUUCAGGGCAUUGCUGUAUUAAACAUUCCCAGCUAUGCUGGUGGAACUAACUUUUGGGGCGGUACAAAAGAGGAUGAUAUUUUUGGUGCACCUUCAUUUGAUGACAAGAUCUUGGAAGUGGUGGCUGUGUUUGGAAGUAUGCAGAUGGCAGUGUCAAGAGUUAUCAAACUCCAGCAUCACCGAAUAGCCCAGUGUCGGUCUGUGAAGAUCACCAUUCUGGGAGAUGAGGGCGUACCGAUACAGGUAGAUGGAGAAGCAUGGAUCCAGCCACCUGGGGUUAUCAAAAUUGUGCACAAAAACAGAGCACAGAUGUUGACAAGAGAUCGAGCAUUCGAGAGUACUCUGAAAUCUUGGGAAGACAAACUCCGGUAUGACUCCUGCAGGCCUGCUUUUCGACCACACUUGUACCCUCAACAGUCUGUGGACCUGGCUACGGAGGAGGAGGCCACCCAGCUCCAGCUCUGUGCUCAAGCAGCUGAGGAAUUAAUCACAAGAAUUUGCGACGCAGCCAAAUCCCACAGCCUUCUGGAGCAAGAGCUGGCUCACGCUGUCAACGCGAGCUCGCAUGCACUAAACAAAACCCAUCCAAAGUUUCCAGAGAGUCUUACCAGGAAUGCAGCAAUUGAGAUAGCCAGCAAUGUGAAAGCACUGCAUAAUGAAACAGAAUCAUUGCUCGUUGGAAGAGUUCCUCUGCAACUAGACUCACCUCAGGAAGAGCAACUGUCAACAGCAUUACACCUUGUGGAUGUUGAGCUGGGAAAGCUUGCAGAGAUUCCAUGGCUUUAUCACGUGCUGCAGCCAACAGCUGAAGAGGACCAUUCAUUGGAAUUUGCCAAAAGAAACAGUCGAAGUGCUAUGUUCAGAAUUGUGCCAAAGUUUAAGAAAGAGAAAAGCCAAAGGCAUAAGGCAACUCCUCAGCCAGUUCAAAAAUGGGGCACAGAUGAAGUUGCUUCUUGGCUGGAGCUGCUCAGCUUGGGAGAAUACAAAGAACGCUUCAUCCGUCAUGACAUCCGAGGCUCUGAGCUUUUGCACCUGGAAAGGCGUGAUCUGAAGCUGCAGUCUAUUCAGCAAACCAUGGGAAGGUAAUUUGCGGGUUAACAGUGCAUGUGGCCUUUUAACGUUGUGGUAACUAUUGAAGACUACCAAUCAACUUACCUUGCCAAACAAAUGAACAAUUAGAUGUGUGGAUUCUAAUUCCUUCAAGAAUUUGGAGAUUUUAAAUGUGUCACUUUUUAAGUUCCGAAUUUUAUUCUUACUUUUCCUGCCUAAAUCGUUUUUCUUUCCAUUAAUCAAAUCUCUUUCUCCCUCUCUUUAUGUCUCCUUCUGCACCUGAUUUGACUGUAAUCCACCUUUCAUCCCAGCCUCUCCUCUGGUUAUUUCUCAAUCUUUAAAUCUUAUUGGUUGUGGAGGUAGUCUGUAUUGUUCACUGAGGUCCCAUUACCAUCCCUGGUGCAGUUAUCAGUUCACACUUCCAGCAGUCUGGACAGCAAAAUUGUUUUCCAAUGAUGGAGGAGAUGAACAUGUCAAACAGAACAGACCAUAAGAUGCCCACCCAGGCAAGACGUGGCCACCUAUAAUGCUUUCAUAUGUGGGUUUUAUACAUUUCAGUAUGAACAGUCAGAGUGAAAAAUGUUGUAUAGGAAUUAUAGUUUCAUUUUGUGCAGAAGCGCUUCCCCAAUGAUAGGUUCAUCUAAUUUUAAUGAGGAAAGAAUGCUGACCAAGCCGCUAAAGAAUGCCUUCUUGUUCUUUGGAGUAAAGCUGUCGAGUCUUUGAUACU